CUUGGAAACUCGUCACUAGUGCUCCUCGGGCGUUCCAUAGCCGUAGGAUUCAGGCUCAAUCUGUUUCGGUGCUGUUGCAGUGCUGAAGGUUAUCCUGUUGUUCGUUGAUAUUGUUCGGAUUCUCCCGGAAUAACAAACAAACAAUGUCAACCAGUAGCCAGCCAAGCUCUGAUGCCACCAUAGUAAAAGUAGGAUGGAUUCAAAAGAGAGGUGAAUACAUAAAAAACUGGAGACCAAGAUACUUUCAGCUUUGGAGUGAUGGUAGUUUUGUUGGUUACAAGGAACUUCCUAAAUCAAAAGACACUGAACCUCUUAAUAACUUCUCGGUUGCCAAGUGCCAGAUAAUGAGACAAGAGAGACCAAAACCCAACUGUUUCAUCAUGAGGUGCUGGCAGUGGACAACACUCGUAGAAAGGACUUUCCAUUUGGAUGACGCUAAUGAAAGGGAGGAGUGGAUAACUGCAAUUCAAGAAGUUGCCGAUAAGUUGCGUGAAAGUGACAAGUCAGAAGAAAUUACUAUAGGAAGUGUAGAUAACCAAAAAAUGACUAUAGAGGACUUCCAGUUGCUUAAGGUGUUGGGAAAAGGAACAUUUGGCAAGGUUAUAAUGGCUGCAAUGAAGAGGACUGGGGAAGUGGUUGCACUAAAGAUUUUAAAGAAAGAAGUUAUUGUCGCCAAAGAUGAAGUUGCACAUACAUUGACAGAAAACAGAGUUUUGCAGUCAACAGUUCACCCUUUUCUUACAGAACUACGUUGCUCUUUCCAAACAAAAAACAGAUUAAUAUUUGUUAUGGAAUAUGUGAAUGGCGGUGAGUUGUUUUUCCACUUGUCUAAAGAACGUGUCUUCUCUGAGGACCGUUCAAGGUUUUAUGCCGCAGAAAUUAUUCUGGCUGUGAAGUAUCUUCAUGAACACAAAGUGGUUUACAGAGAUCUAAAGCUUGAAAAUCUUCUUCUAGAUUCAGAUGGUCACAUUAAACUCACUGACUUUGGUCUCUGUAAAGAGGACAUCACAUAUGGAUCAACCACAAAGACUUUCUGUGGUACUCCUGAAUACCUUGCUCCAGAGGUGCUGGAAGACAAUGACUAUGGUCACGCUGUAGAUUGGUGGGGAGUAGGCGUGGUCAUGUACGAAAUGAUGUGUGGCCGUCUACCAUUUUACAACAGGGAUCAUGAAGUUCUCUUUGAACUUAUCCUGACGGAGGACGUAAAGUUUCCAGCGAGAAUUACUGAUAAUGCAAGAAGUGUCCUCUCUGGACUCCUAGAAAAAAGCCCUACACAACGUCUUGGAGGUGGUCCAGAUGAUGCAAAGGAAGUCAUGAAACAUAUAUUUUUUGAAACAAUUAACUGGGAUGACAUAUUGAACAAAAAGGUAAAACCACCUUUCAGGCCCACUGUCAAGAGUCCGACAGAUGUAUCAAAUUUUGACGAGGACUUCACAAAGGAAAUACCCCAACUCACACCUCCAGAAGGAGAUCUCCCAGACAUUGCUGAGGAAAGUGAAGCUUUUGAACAAUUUUCAUUCAACCCAGAGAAGGGAAGCAACAUACCGUCAUAACAAAGCCAUGUUGAUCAAAUAUUUGAAGAGUGUGAUAUUAUCACUGAUGAUAAUUAUUGUAACAUUAUUCUGUUGCUGCAAGUUUUGCUGUUUGUUUUUUAAUAAUCCUUAAUUUAUGCAUUCUUCAGAAAACAACCAUGCUAGCUGUCUCUGGUAAUUAAAUUUUGUUAGUUACCUGCUGAAAUUUUAAGGCUGUCUUCAAAAAUCUGGUAUGGAGAGUAAUGAUGACACUCUGUGCAUGUGGCUUGAAACUUCUGCAAAUGUUUAAUUCCACAAAUUGGAAUAAACUGUUACAGUUUGAGAUGACUGAAAUUUGUUCUUAGAGCUGAUUUUUACAAUCUUCUUUUAAAGCGUAAGAGCAUUAUCAAGGAAUGAAGUGUGAUAUUUUCAAUUCCUAGUUAUGGUACAAUCCACUUAACCAACAUGUAAGUGAGAACAGUGUCAUUGUACUUAACAGCUUACUACUGCACAAAAGGACUACAAUCCAUGAUUACUGGAGACAGCCUUCACAUGUUAGGCCCCAAAUUUCCAGAGCUAGUUGUUUGCAACAGUUUUUUUUCCUUUUUUUUGAGCAGUCCAUGCCAUAUUAUAUUUUUCCAGGCCUGACCUUUCAAGAAAAAAUGCUGUAGAAAUGAGUUGUAGAAUGGCAUUUCAAUGUUGAUUAAAAUUUUUUUUUUGUAAGUAUUACUUGGUUCCUUUGUCUGCCAAGUGAAUUAUAUUCAUUUGUAGUAUUAAUCUUCUUAGGUCAUCAAAUUUACUAAAUUUAUUUUUAGAAAUUAAAAAAAUUAUCCUAUUUUCAGGCCUAGUCUUUCAUAGGUGUUAAAUCCAGACAUCUAAAGUAAUUUUUUCUAUUUAGCUAUUUUUAAAUAGUAGUACUGUAACAGUUAUUCUUCAGGGGGGGGGGGGUAGGUUUGUAAAGAAGCUGUGGUGUUGCGUUAGUAGGAGAGUAUAAUAGGGUAAUUUAUUAUUAUCAACUGAGUUGAGAAUGUGAAUUGGCCAUUGUAAAGAGUUGCCAAAGCUGAUGUUUCAAGUGUUAGCCCUGUGUCAGAGCAAAUGAGCUUUCAAACUCUUUACAAUGGCCAGUUAAAUUAUCAACUCAGUUGUUAGAACUAAAUUACCCAGUUAUUCUUUGGAUUACUCAUCCUUGUGAAACUCAAAAAACCAUGAACACUUUGAAUUUAUUCUGACAGGUCAAUUGUGUAAAUGAAAUAAGUUAAGAGAAAAUCUCAAAACAACAAACUAGCUACCAUCCCUGUUUGCUGUUUAGUUUUCUUACAGCUUGUUGGCCCUUAACCCGUUGACUCCUAAGAUCUGAUUGUCAAUUCUCCCUUCUUGCUCCCACACAUUUCCUUGUAAAUUAGUAAAGAAGAAGUUGGUGUUAGAUCAAGAUAACAACUACUCUAUAAGCUUGAUUAUUCUCUUUACCUGUUUACUGGUUAUUGUAUGGAUAUUAUAGGGAGAAGUUGUAUGUUUAUCAUGUCUGGGAGUCAAAAGGUUAAUUUGGAGUACAGUAGAUAGUUGAAGUUUUCAAAGAUUUCAAAGUUUCAUGGUAUCAAAUGAAUAAAGGGGUAAGUUUCUAAAGAAACUGUGGUGCUGCGUCGGUGGGAGAGUAUAGCAGGUAAUUUAGUGUCAACAACUGGGUUGAAAAUGUAAAUUAGCCACCAUAAAGGGUAAAAAAGCUGACAUUUCGAGCGUUAGCCCUUCGUCAGAGCUCGAAACGUCAGCUUUUUUACCCUUUACGGUGGCUAAUUUACGUUUUCAACCCAGUUGUUAACACUAAAUUACCUUUCAUGGUAUCACUAUGAUAUGGAGAAGUUUGUGUUUGGUUUUGUUGUACCAUAAGUCUGUAUGUUUAAAACCCAAUUUGAUUCAAUUGAUUUCAAUAUUUGAAAGUAUUUUGCAUACACAACAGUAAUUUUUAUAGGUAGAAUUUGUAAUAACAGGUAAUAUAAUCAGCUAAAAAUAGAACAGAAAUAAUCCUUAGUGACUUGUUUCAAAAAAAUGAUUAUGUUGAAUGGUAGAGUUUCAUAAUGAACAGAAAUGUUCAGACAAGUAAAUGUACAUUGCCGCAAAGUUCUUGAAAAUAAAACAUUGUCCAUCACUUGCACUGUAAAAAAACUGUCAAAAGUUGGAAUUUUAAUUCAUGUAGCACACUGUACCACCUUGCAAAUUUUUGCAAAUGAAGCAUCUAAUUAUUUUGUGGUUGAUACUGAAACAGUGUAAAUAAUUCAGUGUUAGGUUUUUUCCUUUAGUAGUCAUUCUGCAAUAUGUGGUAAAUUACAAGUAUGAUUAAUAUUUUAUUCUGCACUUUUGAUAAUUUU